AGAAUUCUCUCUUACCUACAGGUGGUAAAAUCACCUUGAUCCACAGUCUCGAUCGAGCAGAACUGUUAGAAAAUGGAAGGUAGAAUUAUUGAUAGAGAGGAAAGGGAAGCGAUGAAGGCUGUGGAAGCAAACGAGAUUAAAAUUUAUAACGAUAUGCGGACUAUUGAAAUGCAGGAGGAGCAUAAGAGACAAGGUAUCAAACCCUUUCAUUAUGUGCCGAAACUAAUUGAUGUAACUGAGGCCGAUUCCUUAACUGAUGAACGAUAUAAGCAAAUCUUUUGCAUCACCGGUAUCACCAAUAAUACUGCUUCAACAUUCGGAAGAGAGAUUGCAAUAGCUGGUCGCUUCCUUGAUAAGCAGCAGAAUUUUGACUGGAGUAAAAGUCACCGUGCUUUAUGCCUUGGAGAGUGGGUGUUCUCUUGUACAGCAAUGUUUCAUGUACCUGGAACAGUAAAUGUUUAUUUGAGUCUCGAUGGCAGGACACCCAUUAGCCAGAUCCUGAAAUUUGACUAUAUCUCAACUCCAACUAAUCAGGAGCUGUUCUCUACUGUUGUGGGGUUUCGCCAACAACUAUGUCUUGCUCACCUGCUCUUCUCUAAAUCUAAAAUUUUUGAUAUGCCGUCAUGUAUCCCUCAUUCUCCUGGUGAUGCACUUCUGCUCAAGUGCAUAUUGAGUUGAUGCGACUGCACCAAAACUGCCACCUUCGUCCACUUAAUCCAAAAUCAUGGGUUCCCAUUGGUUCGUGGAGAAAGUUUGUACUUGAGGUUCCUUUUGGAGCAAAAGCUAAGGGAAUGGAUUUCUGAGAGACUGCAAGAGGGAUGUGUAAAAGGUACCCGCAAUUUUCAAGGUUUAGGAGUGAUCCAUAUGCUGGCUAUCUUGGGUUACAGGUGGCUCAUUCGGAUGUAUUGUGAAUUGGGAAGAGGUAGACUGUCCUUGGAUUUCGCAGAUGUAGCAGGCUGGACAGCUCUUCACUGGGCUGCGUUCUUCAACAGGAAUCAAACGGCUCAGCUUCUUAUAGACAUUGGGUGCAAAUCCAACAAUAGUCACUUUGCAAACUAUAGAUUUCCCCGAUGGAUUGACUGUUGUUGAAGUCGCAUCGAGAAAUGGUCAUCGCAAACUAGCAGCUCAUCUUGCUAACAUCACUGAGGAGUACUUAAAGCGCUCUAAGAUGGGUGGUAAUUGUGAAUCAGGGAAGAGGAGGUUCGAAGAUACUUCUUUGUAUGGCCAGGCUGUUAAAAUUCAAGCUGCUUUCCGAGGCUUCAGGGCAAGAAAACAUUAUGCUGGAAACCAGUCAAUAGAAGCUACCACAGUUGAAGCGUAUCCAAGGAUUGACAUCUGUCUCUAGAAUGGGGGGGUAUCACACAGAAUAGAGUACCCCAUUACAAGCUGUAAAUUUCAUUUUAGUUGUACACAGAAGAUAACACUACUAGUAAGGAAUCUGUCUUCCCAGUUGGUGGGACUAAUGAAUGGCGUAGUGACAUUGUGGAUAUAACUAGUAGCUGAAGCCUGGCCAAAGAAUACAUGGGUCAGCUGGGUUCUUGGACAAAGACUGUUUUGACAAACAAGCAUAACAUGACAUGACA